AUGUGUCAUCAGGGCGCGCCCCUGACGGCUUCCCGAGGCGGAGGCGUGUAGGUUUCUGGCGUUGCCCAGUGAGCCGGUCGGACAUGAGCGGACUUAGCCUUCUGCUGCGGGCGGCACGCGCCGCCUUCCCCGCCGGGGCCAGGCAGCUGCGUACUGGCGGCUUCCGCAGUGCCUACGCCAAGGAGCUUUUCCUGGGGAAAAUGUGGAAGGAGGAAGUUUUCCCUUAUCCAGAGAUUUCUAAUGAAGAAUUAGAAGAAAUCAACCAGUUUGUAGGACCAGUAGAAAAAUUCUUCAGUGAAGAAGUGGACUCUAAGAAGAUUGACCAAGAUGCUAAAAUCCCACCAGAAACUCUAAAAGGAUUGAAGAACCUUGGACUCUUUGGCAUGCAGAUUCCAGAGGAAUAUGGUGGACUUGGUCUUUCAAAUACAAUGUAUGCACGUUUAGGAGAAAUCAUUUCUCUAGAUGGAUCUGUUGCAGUUACUUUGGCAGCUCAUCAAGCAAUAGGGCUUAAGGGAAUCCUGAUUGCUGGCACUGAUGAGCAAAAAGCAAAGUAUCUACCUAAAUUGGCAUCUGGGGAGCAUAUUGCAGCUUUUUGCCUUACAGAACCAGGAAGUGGAAGUGAUGCAGCAUCCAUCCAGACUAGAGCUACCAUGAGUGAAGAUGGGAAAAGCUUUUUACUAAAUGGCUCAAAGAUCUGGAUAUCCAAUGGUGGCCUGGCAGACGUUUUCACUGUGUUUGCAAGGACUGAGAUUGUUGAUAACGAUGGUGCAAAAAAAGACAAAAUUACUGCCCUCAUUGUAGAACGAGCCUUCGGUGGAGUCACUAAUGGGAAGCCAGAAGAUAAACUGGGUAUUCGAGGAUCUAAUACCUGUGAAGUACAUUUUGAAAACACAGAAGUACCUGUAGAGAAUGUAAUUGGAGAAGUAGGAGGGGGAUUUAAGGUGGCUAUGAAUAUCCUAAACAGUGGAAGAUUUAGCAUGGGUAGUGCAUCUGCAGGAAUAAUUAAGAAACUUAUAGAAAUGACAGCAGAGUAUGCUUGUACAAGAAAACAGUUCAAUAAGAAACUGAGUGAUUUUGGAUUAAUUCAGGAGAAGUUUACCCUUAUGGCUGUGAAAGCAUAUGUAAUGGAGAGCAUGGCUUAUCUCACUGCAGGAAUGAUGGACAGGCCAGGAGUUCCCGAUUGUUCAGUUGAAGCAGCUAUGGUUAAGGUAUUUAGUUCUGAAGGUGCUUGGAUUUGUGUAAGUGAAGCUUUACAAGUUCUUGGAGGCCUUGGCUAUAUGAAGGAUUACCCCUAUGAACGUUAUCUCCGGGACAGCAGGAUCCUUUUGAUUUUUGAGGGAACAAAUGAAAUUCUGCGAAUGUAUAUUGCUUUGACGGGUAUGCAGUAUGCAGGCAAAAUCUUAACUGGAAAAAUUAAGGAAAUGAAGAAAGGAAAUGUUGGUGUGGCACUGGAGAUAUUUGUGAACAAAUUCCGUGACAGCAUGGGAAGAAAAGUGGAUUUAGGACUAGUUGGCAAAGAUGGAGUUGCACAUCCCAGCCUUGAGAUUUGUCCUAGACAGAGGUUUGUGUUACAUGCAUGAUAAUAAGCAUUGGCUUACAAAUGGCUGACCUAGUGCAGUGGAGUACAUGUGACUUGGUAGCUGUAGAAAGGUAAAAUAUAGUUUUCCCAUCUAUACUUAAGAUGCAAAUAUCAUAGGAAAAUAAUGAAGUGAUUUUACUGUGCUUGUGAUAUUUUGGUGCUGUAGAUAAUUUCCUCAGGUGUUAGUGGCACUCAGACACGAGAACUUGCUAACAUUAUUCCACUCACACAGUGAUGUUAUCCCCAGGAUAGAUAAUUUGUGCUCUGUGGUGCCAAAAAAGUGACUGGAUGUCACUUACAAUGCAUUUUUUUACUACAGCAAAUUCUCUGCUGCUGGCUUCAUUCUGGGAGGUGUAUCAGUUUUGAAUCUUUUCUACAAGAAGUUCAAGCUAUGCUUUUUUGUUCUCUCUGAACUGUGAAAACCAUAAAAUAGUGUUUAAAAGUUACACUUGAGAGUUGCUACAAGUUAAAUAUGCUGUGUUCAGUAUUUUCGCCCUGCUUGGUGCCAGGAGUUGAGAGAAUUGAUCAAUUUUGAUGUACCACCAGAAAAUCAUGAUUCUCAGGAUUAAUGUAGCCUUAGACCUAACAAUUUUGCUGUAGAUAACUAAAUGAUGUUUCUUCAGUAUAUGCAGCAUUUCUUAUUCCUGAGUGUUGUGAAGUAUAGUAAACACUGCAAAUGCCAAGAUGUUCUCAGGUAAAAUUGGGAAGUUUUAAUAUACAGCCACUGUGCUGUACAUGCCUCCAUGGAAGAGGAAGUGAAAUUAAUGCCUGCAGAAUGGGCUGUUAAAAACAAACUAGCAUUUGCUAACAAAGGAAAACCUUGGUAUUGCUUGGCUGAGGGAAGCUGCAUCCAACUAUUAUUUCUCUCAGGGAAAGAGAAAUCAGAUGUUUCCUAACUACAGUGCUGCUUCUCCUUUUGGAAAGUGGCAGGGUUUUUUUUCCCCCUAGCUAGUUGGGAAUCAUAGAAUAUUAGGGUUGGAAGAGACCUCAGGAGGUCAUCUAGUCCAAUCCCCUGCUCAAAGCAGGACCAACACCAACUAAAUCAUCCUAGCCAAGGCUUUGUCAAGCCAGGCCUUAAAAACCGUUACGGAUAGAGAUUCUACCACCUCCCUAGGUAACCCAUUCCAGAGCUGCUUCACUCUCCUAGUAAAAUAGUGUUUCCUAAUAUCCAACCUAGACCUCCCCCACUGCAACUUGAGACCAUUGCUUCUUGUUCUGUCAUCUGCCACUGAGAACAGCUGAGCUCCAUCAUCUUUGGAACCCCACUUCAGGUAGUUGAAGGCUGCUAUCAAAUCCCCCCUCUCUUUUCUCUUCUGCAGACUAAAUAACCCCAGUUCCCCAGAUUUGUGUCACCUCACAAAUCAGAAGUAAAAGAUCACAUCAAAUCAGGAUUCUUAGAAAAGACCAAAAUUACCCAGAUCUCUUAUAGGUAACAUACUUCCUCAUUAAUUGUAAUGUUUCUUUUUUUCAAGUGUCCUGCAAAGUAAUAUUUUUAAUUGGAUAGGUAAUUUUGUUUUUUCCCCCUGAUAUAUGAAGGCAGCCUGCCAGGUACUUUUUUUUUUUUGAAGGGUUACUUCUGCUUGUUUUUACUGAAGAAAUAUUAUUAAAAUGCCAAGAUUGGUCUUCCCUGGUUCUGCUGGAAAAAGUCUGGAAUUCCAGACAUGUUCCUUUUGAUCUUUAACAUCAUAACUGAGGUGGCAAAGGUGGUGUGUCUAGCAAAGUCUUCCUUUAUCCAAAAUGCUCAUAGAGUUUAAAAAAACAACCCAACUUGCCAUUUUGAAAAGUACUGAUGAAAAUUGGUGGCAUUUGCUAUAUUCAGUCCUGAUACUGCACUUGUUGACUUCAGUGGAAGCAGGUGGUUCAGGUUGGAAUGAUGCACAUUUUUUUUUCUAUACA